AUGACUGGGAAGAGUAAUUAUAAGGAAACAGGAGGGAUAGUCUUUCCGAUACGAUACCUAAUGGCAAUCAUGGGUUCUAUCGGACUUGCUAUCGUUUAUGGAUUCAAAGUCAACGUAAGCGUGGCAAUCGUUGCGAUGGUGAAUCAUACUGCUGUUAAAUUAUCAUCCACAUUACACCAGCUGGAAUCGAACGAUACAAAUGCAAUUAUCAAUUCAAUGGAAGAAUGUCAUCACGAUGAUAAUUCUUCCAACGUGACGAAAAUCGUUGACGAGGAUGGCCCUUUUAUAUGGAACGAACCUUUGCAAGGUCUUAUCUUAUCUUCGUACUUUUGGGGGUACAUGGCAUCCUUGCUUCCGGGUGGAAGAAUGGCCGAAUUGUUAUCUGCAAAAUGGGUGAUGAAUGGAUCUGUACUCCUUAACGUAAUAGCAUCUAUUUUAUCACCUGUUGCGGCCCAACUACAUUAUUCUCUUUUCAUCGUGAUGAGAGUUAUUCAAGGAAUCGGUGGAGGGGUAACAUUUCCUGCGAUGCACGUUAUGAUUGCUAAAUGGGCACCGCCUAAUGAAAGAAGUGUACUUGCUUCCAUUGUUUAUGCAGGAACUGCACUUGGUACCGUGAUUUCCAUCCUUCUAACGGGUAUACUAGCUGCGAAUUUCGAAUGGAAAUGGAUAUUUUACAUCGAAGGAUUACUCUGCUUGAUCUGGUGUACAGCUUGGUGGAUAAUGAUCGCGGAUACUCCUGAAGAACAGACCAGAUUUAUUAGCCAAGAAGAGAAGGAUUACAUUCUUGAAUCCCAAGGUCACCAUGGACAUAACGGCGAACACAAUGAGAAAUUACCAGUCCCAUGGGGUGAGGUAUUGAGAUCUAAACCAUUCAUGGCAAUUUUGAUCGCCCAUUUCUGCAGUAAUUUUGGGUGGUACAUGUUGCUUAUAGAAUUGCCUACCUUCAUGAAUCAGAUAUUGAAAUUUGACAUGAGCUCGAAUGCUGGCCUCUCUUCCAUGCCAUUCUUAUGCAUGUGGUUCUUCACUAUGAUUCUAAGCAAGUCGUUAGCCAUUAUGCAGGAUAAAGGGUUGAUCACGGUAACAGGUUCUCGAAAAAUUGCAACGCUACUCUCAUCUGUGAUCCCUAUGAUAUGCUUAAUAGGAGUAUCAUAUGUUGGAUGCAAUAGAACACUAGCUGUUGUACUAAUGACCAUUGGAGUAACUUGCAUCGGUGGAAUGUAUAGCGGUUUCUUGGCUAAUCACAUCGAUAUUGCCCCAAAUUUUGCAGGAACUCUCGUUGCUAUUACAAACUGUGUUGCCACUAUACCUGGAUUUGUAGUGCCGAUAUUUGUGGGAAAACUGACACAUGGAAACCAAACUAUAGGAGCAUGGAGAAUCAUAUUUUUCGUAACUGUUGGUUUAUACAUUAUUGAAAUAAUAGUUUACACUAUUUUCGGAAGCGGAGAAGAACAACCCUGGAAUAAAACUAAACUAACCGAUGAAGAAGCAAGCGAUCAGACGUUACCGCUAAAAGAGGACAUUAAAAAAUAAGAACAAGUACAAAUAUU